CACCACCCGCAUCCCGGUGACGUCACCAGCGCGUGCGCGGUGCACCCCCCACCGCCCCCCCCCGGCGCGGAGCGGAGGAUGCGGGGCCGCAGCUAAGGCGACACAUCGGCGUUGAGGAGGAUGGAGGCGCCCUUGGUGAGCCUGGAGGAGGAGUUCGAGGAGGGGCCCGGGGACGAUGGGGGGACCCUGCAGCGCCCCGCGGACCCCGCGCUGGCGGAGCUGGAGAGCUUCUCGGCCGAGAUGAUGAGCUUCAAGUCGAUGGAGGACCUGGUGCAGGAGUUCGACGAGAAGCUCACCGUCUGCUUCCGCAACUACGACGCUGCCACCGAGGGCCUGGCCCCGGUGCGGGGGCACCUCCAGGCACAGGAGGAGGAGGAGCGCCUGCAGGAUGAGGAGGUCUGGGAUGCUCUCACUGAUGGCUUUGCCCCCCGGAGCUCCCCCCGGCCAUGGCUCCCUGGCACUGAGGCCCCCGACGGCACCAACCCCCAGCUCGGUGGGAAGGAGGAGGAGGAGGAGGAGGAGGAGGAGCUCACUGAGAGGAGUGAGCAGGACUCGGGCAUCAACGAGGAGCCGCUGCUGACAGCUGAGCAGGUCAUCGAGGAGCUGGAGGAGCUGAUGCAGAGUUCGCCUGACCCUGAGGCUGACCCCGAGGGUGAGGAGGAAGAGGAGGAGGAGGACGAGGAGGAGGAAACUGAGGCUGAUGCUGAAGGCGAAGGUGGUGGCGGGGGCACAGAGCCCAUCCUGCUGCGGGAGCUGCGGGCUUUCUCCCCUGCCCUCAACAACAACUGCUCCCACGAAGGGCUGGGCCGGCUGUCGGCGCGGGAGCUGGCGGCGGCGGCGGGCCGGGCGGAGGCGGCGAGCCGGGCGCUGUCGGCGGAGCUGGUGGCACAGCUGGCACGGCGGGACGAGCUGGCCUUCGAGAAGGAGGUGAAGACGGCGUUCAUCGGGGCCCUGCUGGCCGUGCAGGGCGAGCAGCGGGAACAGCGAGAGGCCGCCCGGCGCCGCCGCCGGGACAAGGGGCUGAGCCUGCAAGGGGGGCGUCCCGACCGCGGGAACCACAUGCCCCGCAAGCGCUUCAGCAUGGAGGGCAUCUCCAGCAUCCUGCACUCCGGCCUGCGCCAGACUUUUGGUCCUGCCGCCAACGAGAAGCAGUACCUGAACACGGUGAUUCCCUACGAGAAGAAGGGCUCACCACCCUCCGUCGAGGACCUGCAGAUGCUCACCAACAUCCUGUUUGCCAUGAAGGAGGGGAAUGAGAAGGUGCCCACACUGCUCACGGAUUACAUCCUCAAAGUGCUCUGCCCGACCUGACGCGGCGCUGCCCUCGCACCCCCACCCCGGCGCCCCCCAAAACGGGGCCAAACCCGAGGAAAACGGGUCGCCCGUGGCCCCCUCCCCUGCACUCCUCCCUUUGCACAGCUGGGAAUAAAGGAUUCCUUACAUUAAUUAGGCAA